AUGUCUUCAGCAUCCCUCCAACAGGAACUCGACUCUCUUUCUGUCUUCUUGUGGACGUCAAAUUACACAAUGGUUGCGGUCACAGCCCUAGUCGUGUACGACUACUUGCUAAAUCUUGCACUAGAGGUCGAGCUCAUAUGGGUCAGCUUCGGGUUGCUGUCUACGCAUCUUGCGCCCGGGCCCGCUUACACUACGAUUCCAGGCAAGGCCGCUUUCGUGGACAACAUAUGCUUACCUGAUGAUGCGUUAUCUGGGGUUAGCGUAUAUUGGCGUGCAACCACUGAUCGACUUAAACAUCUCGUUGACGAACGGACAGGCGGGCCAAAGUCCACUCCGGAGAUUGUCCUAUAUGAUAUCUACAACAGCUGUGACCAGCUGUUCCCGGCGUGGGUAUACAUAACAUCGGACGUGGCAGCGGUAUCCUUUGAGCUUUUCCUAUUUGCACUUGCCUUGGGGUAUGCGUGUAGACAUAUCCCUUCGUCGUUCUGGAGAAACCCCGCCGCCGCUGCUACAAGUCUGGCUACUGUGAUAGUCCGAGAUAACUUGGUUUACUUCUUCGUUGCGACCCUUAGCAUGGCGACAAACGCAGCCAUCGAAAUACCUUCUGCGGCCACAUCGAACACGUUCAGCAGCAUAGCGAUGAUCGCUCAAUCUGUCUUAGUAGCUAUGAUAGGCCCGUGGAUGGUCAUCAGUCUACGGCGAAGCUAUGAGCAGAACACGGGAGUUACUACGUCUCGUUCUCAUGAAGUUACAACGGUUGCAUUUGCUACCCAUCCGGUUGUCUCACAAGAUGGCGGUCAGGACAAGAGUGAAGUGUGAGCGAAACGAUUCCUUUUUGUUCCACUUCUUUGAAAACGCCGCGCCGCAUUCAACGUUCGAGUAAAUGGUAUAUAUUAUUUG